AUGGUUUGUACCAAACCAGACAUUGGCCAAGCAGUGGAAGCAAUCAGUAGAUUCAUGUCUAAUCUAGGGAAGACUGACUGGGAAGCAGUGAAGCGAAUCUUCAGGUACCUCAGAGGUACUAUUGAUAAGUUCUUAUAUUUCGACAAAGGAGACUUGAAAGUCAAAGAGUAUGUAGAUGCCUAUUUUGCUAGUGAAAUUGAUCACCGCAGGAGCACCACCGGAUAUAUGUUCAAUGUUGGCAAAACAGCUGUUAGUUGGAUGUCACAGAUAAAAAAGAUUAUUACCCUACCCACUACAGAAGUUGAGUACAUAGUAGUGAUAGAAACCAGCAAAGAGAUGAUUUGGCUUCAGGUGAGCAAUUUGGCCGUCCGGAUAAAACACAAACUGGACAACCAGGAUUGCGCCACGCUGCCUUCUGAAGGCACGGUCCUAGUUGGGUUAGCUCAUUUGGAUUUGGCUAUGAUUGAAUUGGGCUAG